AUGACUACGACCACGACCGGCGAAUCUGGCCGAAAGUCCGCUUCCUCUCCGCUGGUGGCUAAGGCCCCGCGACAGCGUCUGGUUAGCAAAGAGGGCCGGUGUUUGAUACGAGGACACACACCCGGCUACAAAGAGUCGUGGUCAAGAACAGUGCGUGACAUGUGGGGCGCUUGGUUAGCGCUACGUUGGCGUUGGGUUGUGCUAGCGUUUUGUAGUUCGUUCCUACUUCACUGGCUGUUGUUCGCCGUGCUUUGGUACCUACUAGCACGCGCCAACGGAGAUCUGGACGUGCCGGACCACGACUCACCACCCCCCGGUCACAUUCUCUGUGUGAAACACGUAAACGGUUUCACGGCAGCGUUCUCGUUUGCCCUGGAGACGCAGUUAACGAUCGGAUACGGUACGAUGUAUCCAAACGCGGACUGUCCCACUGCCAUAGCUCUCCUCGCUUUGCAGAUGCUACUGGGGCUGAUGUUGGAGGCUUUCAUCACUGGUGCGUUUGUUGCUAAGUUCUCUCGUCCUCAGAAGCGCUGUGCGGGAAUUCUGUUCAGCCCAAAGGCAGUGGUGUGUGAGGUCAACGGACAGCGUCGUCUCAUGUUCCGUGUGUGUAACCAGCUGACUCGGCCGCUAGUGGACGUUUGUGUGAGCGCCGUCCUUUACGAGGAACGCGACGGCGAAGUGCUGCACCAGACCGCCAUGGAGUUCAGCCUGGACGGUUUAGGGUCGCGACCCUGUCCUCUUUUCCUCUCCCCUCUGACAUUUUAUCACACGCUGACCCCAUCCAGCCCCUUAAACCACGCACUGCCGCCGGCCAGCCAAUCACAUUUUGAGGUCGUGGUUUUUCUCUCCGCCUCCCAGGAAGGUACUGGUUCUGCCUAUCACAAGAGGACGUCCUACCUGCCCGACGAGAUCCAAUACGGGCGCUGCUUCGUCACGGUGACAGCUCAGCUUGGCAAAGUGCAAAAUCCAGAGAACGGACAUUAUUUUGACACGCAACCUUGCACGCUCACGCUCCACGGCACACACAGCGCCGACGCAGUGGAUAAGGAGUGUGUGGUUCAGAUCAACGGCGAUGGUAGUGACAGGAUGGAUUAG